CGCUCGCAAAUAUAUCAGUUAUAUUGAUCGACCUACAUAUAUAUAUUUAAAGAUUUAUGUGAAAUAGAAUUACUUCCUGAGAAAAAUCAUAUAAAUGAACUAUGUCUAAUAUAUUAAGACAAAAAUAUCCUUAGGUCAACAAAACAAACAACUGAAAAUUGGUGUAUUAUGGCGGAAGGCAGGUUUAGGCAGAAUUAUGAAAAUGAAUAUCACCAGCUGGACGACAUAAAUUCGUAUGUUGAACUGAUCCCGAAUUUGGAAACAGAUUUCGAACAGGUAGAAGCAAUAACACAUCAAAAUACAUCGAGGAUUUGUUUAAAAACAGUUGUCAUCUCCGUCCUCCUUGUCGCAGUCGUCGGCUUUGUAACGAUGACAGUUUUAUAUAUUCAGGAAAGAAGUAAACGGCAAAAUGAAAAUGACAGGGAAACUAAUGGUCAGAACCAGAAAACAGUGGUCUGCUCUAAUGACCCUUUUAAAGGAAUGAAUUAUACUACAGCAGGAAAAACAGGAAUUCAGGGACGCCAGUUUUUGGUCUGUUUUACUGACAAUCUCAACAUGGCAAGUGACGAAACCAAGACCAUAUAUAUUUUAUCGGAUGGAGAUUUCGAGUUUAAAUUAAUUUCAACGUUUUCUACAGAGCUCUUCAAUGAAGUUGUUACACCAAGGAAAAAUGUGAGAGAAAUUAGCAUUACAAGUGCGAUUUCACUCUCAGAUUUCAAAAUCGAAGAAAAAGCACUGCUGAUCGAGACUUCCAGAGACGUGUCCAUUAUCAUCAUUGACAAUUAUAUACAUACUUCUGAUAGCACUAGCAUUUUACCAAUAAAAUCAACAUCAAAUUCAUAUGUCAUUUCUACACCCGGUGCGUUGAGCAAAACAACAGGUCCUCAAUUUGCAAUAGCCUCCCGAAGGAACAGUACUACAAUCAAAAUACACUUUCAGUUUGAUCCCGAUUUGCCAAAGAAAGUAAAUGGAAUAACGUACCAAAAUGGCAGUGUAAUGAAUCUCGUCUUAAAUGAGCUUGAAACAUAUGAAAUAUACCACAGAGUCGACAUGUCAGGUACCUUUAUUGAUUCAACAUCUCCCGUCGCAGUAUUUUCUGGAAGUUACUGUACUGAAAUAGGUUUUAAAAACAGCACUGAUUUUGGAUCUUGCAGUAAGCUUGAUGAACAACUUCCACCUAUUAAUAGGCUGGAUAAAAUGUAUAUUGUCCCACCUAAUUAUAACAGGAUGGGAACAGUCCUGAAAAUUGUGUCACCUUUCCAAACCCGACUUACAUAUAAGAUUGGAAAUAAACAAACGGAGAAAAUACUUAAACCGAGAGGAUAUUUUGAAAUAACUUUUUCUGAUAAAGAAGUCGUCGUCAUAGAUUCAGAAAAGCCGGUUUUGGUGACCAGCUUUGCCACUGGGUCUAGCGAGACGGGUAACCCUUAUAUGAUUACUGUACCAGGAAUUAGACAAUAUACAGAUAAAUAUCUAGUGAUGGUUCCCGGAGAUUUCAAAGAAAGCUAUGUGGCUAUUAUAGUUGAGGAAAAAUCACUAAUCAAUUUGAUGUUAAACGAAACAAAAAUCAUUCAUUAUUUGAAUGACGGAAAAUUUUAUAAUACCGUAACAUUGUGGAAUAUAAACUUUGCCGUUGUUGUUUUACAGGUACAGGGAGGUUUUUUAAGAGUUGAAUCGACAAAUAAUGCGGCGUUUGGGUUAAUCGUGUAUGGUCAUAGAAGAAGAGAUGGACACGGAUUUGCAGGAAAAUCAGUUUUGCCGGACGUGUGUGUCCCUUCCAAUAAAUAAUUCCAUUCCUUUUCCCCUUCUUUUAAAUUUUUUCGGAUGUGGAGCCAUUGACAGUAAAGGAUAUCGGUGCAUACCCUCUUAAGUCACUAUUGAAGUUUUGUUUUUUAGCUCACCUGAGCUGAAAGCUCACGUGAGCUUUUCUGAUCAUCCGAUGUCCAUCCGUCUUGUACAUUUUUCAACUUCAUGUCAAGAACCACUGAGCCAAUUUUAACCAAACUUGGAACAAAGCAUCCUUGGGUAAAGGGGACCUAAAAUUAUUAAAAUUAAGGACCAAGUCCCUUUACAAGGGGAGAUAUCAUUAAAAAAUCUUCUCUCAAGAAUCAUUGGACUAGGAUACAUGUAGCUGAAAGUAAUAUGGAAGCAUUCGUGGAUAGCGUAGACUCUUAAAUGUUAAAAUCAUCAGCUAGGGCGGUGCCACAAAAGGAAUUGAAGUUUUACAAAGAAAUUUUAGGGGAAAUCUUUCAAAUUCUGUUCAAGAACCUAUGGUCAAGGAAAGCUCAAACUUAAAUGGAAGCAUCCGGGAGUUGUGUAGAUUCUAAAUUGUUUAAACCAUGACCCCCGGGGCUAGAAUGGGGCCUAAAUAGGGAAUUCAUGUCUAAGAUAGAAAUAUAUAGGAAAAAUCUUUUUAAAAAUCUUCUUCUCAAGAACCACUUGGCCAGAAAAGCUAAUACUUAUGUAAAUGCAUUAGGGCCUCUUGUAUUUUAUUUAACUCUGAGUCUAUUGCUGUAUGUUCUUUAUUUUGAUGCGUUAAUUUGAAGACAAAAAAACUUCAUUGAUCGACAUGACUGUUUAUAUGUACAAAAUUAGAAUAUAUUCAAUAAUAUUACAUAUGCAUGUACAUAAAUAAUCAAUUAUCUUUGUACUCCAGAAAUGAAAAAAAAAAUGUUGCUUUUAUUAAAAUGUAAACAAAGGCAAAAGAAAGCAAAAUAAAGUUUUGGUUCUUGUU